CUUUCACAACGAUUCCUUGCGUGCCACGGUUCCUUCUGUCUUCACCCUUGCCAGCUUGUCUUUCACUCUCUGAGUGACUGUUAGUCACUUCUGUGUAGCUUUUCCUGCCCGACGACUGCUCUACCGUCACUGUGCGAACUGAACGACCUCGGUUGAGGCCAGCGUGACCAUCCUUUACCUCUGCGCUUCACCAAGAUGGCUAGAUGAGAGGCUCACAGUCACACGAGCGCCCGGAAGCGCAACAUGGCGUGGCAGUCCGGGGCUGGUGGCAAUGGUGCGGGAGGCAUGGCCACAGGAGAACCCAGCGGCGUGCAGGCAUACACGCUGCAAGGUGUUAUGCGAUUCCUGCAAACUGAAUGGCACCGACACGAAAGAGACCGCAAUGCCUGGGAAAUCGAACGUGAAGAGAUGAAGAAUCGCGUGGCUGUACUUGAGGGCGAGACAAGGACUAGCAAAGGCAUACGGACAUCCCUCGAAAGACAUGUGAAGCUCUUGGAGCAUGCUUUGAAAAAAGAGCGCGACAAAUCCAGAAGCGUGAACAAAGGUGAAUCUGUCGAGGCCAGAAAAGAGGCAAAGGAACAUGCGCGUGAUGAGCUCAAGGCAGUUUCAAAAGGAUCAAUUGCGAAGAGCGCCAGCCAGUUUGAUACUGACAUCGACCCCGACAACCGGCUCGCCCAUGGCGUACGGCAAGAGAAAGAACGCGACAAGUCGAAAAGCUACCUCUCGAAGUGCUCCUCCGAAAUCACGUACCAUGUUCUCCCCACGACUCAUAUCCCUCCCGACACGAAUGAGCCUCCGCUCUCUGCAAAUGGCAAUCAUGUCUUCCCUGGGCGACAGCCCACUCAGCAAGAACUUCAAGAAGCAUACCUACAGCUACAACAGGUGAAACAACAGCAGCAGCGCAACGUCGCCAUGGUCAGAGAAAAUGCUGGACAGCAACCGCCAACAUUUGCUGAACCUUCGCCACUUUCCCGAUCCAACACACAAAUCAAUAUCGAAGAAUUCCAGAGAAGUCCUGUAGAAAACAGAGCACCUGAACCGAACACCCAGCCUGCGCUGGAUUCGAGAAAAAACUUCUACAACGAGCAGUUGCCCAUCACUGAAGAGCACGUCGAGUCGAUUUCCCACAGUUUCGACGUGUACGGGCGUGAAAUUGCGGCGAAGGACCAGACCGAGCUGCGACCGGGAGAAGAGGCGAAGCAGGAAAUCUCCGAUGGUUGGGAUUUCGACGAUGGUCCAGCAGUUCAGGGAAAAACAGAAGCAGCAACACAGCACAGAGCAGACACGGAAGUCUUCCCAAGUGCGCAUCUCAUCCCCUCCAAGUCCCCGCCUCGCGCUCCUGGCUCAUAUCGGCGGAGGAGCUCUGGAGCUAGACGACGAAGCGAAGGCAGCAACGAUGCUAGAGAACUGGCCACGAAAACGGAUGCUACACAGUUCAGAGUACGCUUUGCCAUGCGAGGUCAUCUGGACGUUGUUCGUGCAGUCAUCUUCACAGGAGGCGGCAGUCCUUCAGAACCGGAAUUUUGUACAGCAAGCGACGAUGGAGGUGUCAAAAGGUGGCACAUUCCAGCAUCUUAUGCACACAACGUGGCUCUGGGCGAUGAUCUGGAUCGCAUAGCACAUUUCACUCAUCGCGGGCACAUUGGUUCGGUCUGUUCAUUGGCUGCGUGUCCCCCUUCUGCAAACUUCUCAAGUGGUGGCCGGGCAGCUGGUGACGGUUGGAUAUUUUCAGGCGGAGAAGACGGCAUGGUCAAGGUUUGGGAACGUGGUCGAGUCGACGCCAAAGCAACAUUGGAAGGCCACAAGGAUGCAGUUUGGGCAUUGUGCUGUCUGCCUGGCACGCUAGGGUCCAUUUUUGGUGAUCGCUGUUCCCAGUUUGGUGGCCCUGAUCGGGUCCUGCUUGUUGCUGGAGGUGCUGAUGGCACCAUCCUCAUCUGGGCUGUGAGCACGCCUCCUCAGAUAUCUUCACCACCUGCUGGAAGUCGGUCAGCAAGAGGUAGCCGAAGAGCCAACUCAAUAUCAGCAGGCUCCAAUUUCCCCAGCUCGCCUCAACCAAAUAUCGCCAGUACGACUCCGUUCAACUACAGCCUGGUACACCGGAUAGAAAGAACGCAACAUCCUGCCCCGACUUCAAUAUCUCCUUUGGGGCCACACGGCGAGAGCUUCAUUGUCAGCUACACAGACGCAAGUGUUCUUGCGUUUGACACGCGGACGGGGGAAGAGAUUGUCGGAAUGGCUAGCCAAGAGACCUAUGACGGAACUCCGAACACCGGCGUCAAUGCUGUUGUCGCUAGCAGUACAGGCUUCGAUACCCGUGACUCGGUGGCUCCAGGCCGGCGUGGUUCGAUGGGCGAAGAUGAUGUUGUGCAUGGAGCGACUGGCUCCGAUGGAGGCGUCGAAGGUGUUGUCAUCGCUGGCUACGAAGAUCGGUAUAUCCGCUUCUUCGAUGCUAAUAGUGGGCAAUGCACCUACACUAUGCUCGCCCAUCCUUCUGCAAUUUCCUCCUUGUCUCUGAGUCCUGACGGCAGAGAACUCGUAUCAGGUGGUCAUGAUGCAAGUUUACGAUUUUGGUCCCUCGAAAAGAGGAGCUGUACACAAGAGAUCUCAAGUCAUCGCAUCAUGAGGGGCGAGGGAGUCUGUAGUGUUGUCUGGAGUCCCGACGGAAGAUGGGUCAUCAGUUGUGGAGGCGACGGUGCUGUCAAAGUCUUCUCACGGAGUUGAAAAGACGGUUACCACUUUUAUACGCCUUUGAUCAUGUUCAGCUCAUGUGAUACGCUGCAGAUACGUCUCAUCAUAACCCAAUACAUCUUUCUCGAUCCAAGGACGGCUCAAUACAUGUUAUGAUUGGCUUUCUUCAGCUUCCGCUUGAGCAGCUCGCCUGGUCGCCUGAUAUGGUGUAUUUGGUCUUGCGAAGUUGGCGUGCUGAAUAAGCGCCGUCGUUUGAAUUGUGCAUGUUGCCCU